AGUUUAACACCCAGUCCUGGAGUCACCUCCUUCAGGAAGCUUUCUGUGAUCCUACAAACUGGGUUAGAUGUUUCUUUUUAGUGAUCCUAUAUUCCCUUAUGAAUAUUGUUGUCACUUCAUUUUAAAAAUGAACUUAUGAUUAUUCCUGCGUCCAUCUUCUCCACUAGUUGGGAAUUUCUUGUUGAGGGAAUGGACUGUUGAAUUCCUAAGAACUAGCACAUAGUAGGCCUUCAGUGAAUGUUUCUUGAAUGAAUAAAUAAAUGACCAACUUUCCCAAGGUUACAUGAUAAGUUCUGAAACUUGAACCAAAAUACAUUAUACUCUAGAACCCAUGUUUAUUCCACUAUUGUAUUUGCACAUUAGGAUGGUUAAAGUCCUUCAAGGGCUAAAUUUUAAGGGGCUAAAUACUAUCAUAAGGUUUUUCUUCCACCUCUUGAAAUUGGUUUUAAUUUUUCAGUAGUACAUUCACAUGACUCAGUAAUCAAACGAUAUACAAAGAUAUUCAGUCAGAAGUCUUGUUCCCAUUUUUCUCUUCCACUUUUCCAAUUCCCACUUUCUCUGCCUCAAGGUAACCAAUCUUGUUCAUUUCUUACAUCUUCUUUCAGUUUUUCUUUUUGCAAAUGCAUUCACAUAUGAAGCUAUAUAUUCUUCUUUACCCUCCUGACUUUUAGAAAGGUAUUUUAAAUUUUUUCAAAUAUCUCUAGUUUUUCUGAAGUGGGCAUGUAUUAGAAAAAAGAGCUGCUCAGUACCCAGCUUGAAUGAAUUCACAGAGAAAUUUAGAAGAGAACAGCUAUUUAAUGAGGGAGGGAGAUAAUCCUGCCGGCUCAUCGGCUCCUAGAGAUGUGCAGGGUCCUCUAGGACAGAGCCUGUGGUGCGGGUAUUUCUCAUAGGCAGAUUCUCAAGCUCCCCAAAGUUACAUUUUCUCUGGAACUCUCCUAGGCCACUCCCCGCUGAUGCAAUAUCUGGGUUUGGGCAGAAAGGAGGGUGCUUCCGAGCCCGCCCUCUCUGAGUUUCCUGGGCCGGCUCUAGAACAAUUCAGGCUUCGCUGCAAGUCAGACCUCAGCUCCAACAUAUGCAUUCUGAAGAAAGAUGGCUGAGAUGGACAGAAUGCUUCAUUCUGGAAAGAAACAAUGUUCUAGGUCAAACUGAGUCUACGAAAUGCAGACUUUCACAAUGGUUCUACAAGAAAUCUGGACAAGUCUUUUCAUGUGGUUUUUCUACGCAUUGAUUCCAUGUUUGCUCACAGAUGAAGUGGCCAUUCUGCCUGCCCCUCAGAACCUCUCUGUACUCUCAACCAACAUGAAGCAUCUCUUGAUGUGGAACCCAGUGACCGUGCCUGGAGAAACAGUGUACUAUUCUGUCGAAUACCAGGGGGAGUACGAGAGCCUGUACACGAGCCACAUCUGGAUCCCCAGCAGCUGGUGCUCACUCACUGAAGGUCCUGAGUGUGAUGUCACUGAUGACAUCACGGCCACUGUGCCAUACAACCUUCGUGUCAGGGCCACACUGGGCUCACAGACCUCAGCCUGGAGCAUCCUGAAACAUCCCUUUAAUAGAAACUCAACCAUCCUUACCCCACCUGGGAUGGAGAUCACCAAAGAUGGCUUCCACCUGGUUAUUGAGCUGGAGGACCUGGGGCCCCAGUUUGAGUUCCUUGUGGCCUACUGGAGGAGGGAGCCUGGUGCCGAGGAACAUGUCAAAAUGGUGAGGAGCAGGGGUAUUCCAGUGCACCUAGAAACCAUGGAGCCAGGGGCUGCAUACUGUGUGAAGGCCCAGACAUUCGUGAAGGCCAUUGGGAGGUACAGCGCCUUCAGCCAGACAGAAUGUGUGGAGGUGCAAGGAGAGGCCAUUCCCCUGGUACUGGCCCUGUUUGCCUUUGUUGGCUUCAUGCUGAUCCUUGUGGUCGUGCCACUAUUCGUCUGGAAAAUGGGCCGGCUGCUCCAGUACUCCUGUUGCCCCGUGGUGGUCCUCCCAGACACCUUGAAAAUAACCAAUUCACCCCAGAAGUUAAUCAGCUGCAGAAGGGAGGAGGUGGAUGCUUGUGCCACAGCUGUGAUGUCUCCUGAGGAACUCCUCAGGGCCUGGAUCUCAUAGGCUUGCGGAAGGGCCCAGGUGAAGCCGAGAAACUGGUCUACAUGACAUGGAAACCAUGAGGGGACAAGUCGUGUUUCUGUUUUCCGACACAGACAAGGGAUGAGAGAAGUAGGAAGAGCCUGUUGUCUACAAGUCUAGAAGCAACCACCAGAGGCAGGGUGGUUUGUCUAACAGAACACUGACUGGGACUUAGGAGAUGUGACCUCUAGACUGGGGGCUGCCAUUUGCUGGCUGAGCAACCCUGGGAGAAGUGACUUUAUCCCUUUGGUCCUAAAUUUUCUCAUCUGUAAUGGGGGAAUUACCUACACACCUGCUAAACACACAGACACAGAGUCUCUCUCUAUACACACACGUACACAUAUAUACACUCAGCACUUGCAAGGCUAGAGGGAAACUGGCGACACUCUAAAGUCUGACUGAUUCAGUGUUUCUGGAGAGCAGGACAUAAAUGUAUGAUAAGAAUGAUCAAGGACUCUACACACUGGGUGGCUUGGAGAGCCCACUUUCCCAGAAGAAUCCUUGAGAGAAAAGGAAGCAUGGGAGCAAUGGUGUUGAGUUCACUUCAAGCCCAAUGCCGGUGCAGAGGGGAAUGGCUCAGUGAGCUCUACAGUAGGUGACCUGGAGGAAGGUCACAGCUGCACUGAAAAUGGGAUGUGCAUGAACACAGAGGAUCCAUGAACUACUGUAAAGUGUUGACAGUGUGUGCACACUGCAGACAGCAGGAGAAAUGUAUGUGUGCAAUGCGACAAGAAUGCAGAAGUCAGUAACAUGUGCAUGUUUGUUGUGCUCCUUUUUUCCUGUAGAGUUGCUAAAGUACAGAAUUUAGCAAAUAAAAAGGGGCCACCCUGGCCAAAAGUGGUCUUUAAA